AUGGAGACUUCUGAGGAAGAAAUCUUUGCUGUAGCCAUCUCCUCCCCUUCUGACACAGAGUUCGAUGCAGUUGUUGGCUAUCUGGAGGAUAUUAUAAUGGAUGAUGAUUUCCAGUUGAUACAGAGGACUUUUAUGGAGAAGCACUACCAGGAGUUUGAUGACUCAGAAGAAAACAAGCUCAUCUAUACUUCUAUUUUUAAUGAAUAUAUCUCUUUAGUAGAGAAAUACGUCGAAGAAAAAUUGCUUGAUCGGAUUCCUGGUUUUAAUAUGACUGCUUUCACCAUGUCACUGCAACAGCACAAAGAUGAAAUGGCAGGUGAUAUAUUUGAUAUGCUUCUCACGUUUACUGACUUUCUGGCUUUCAAAGAAAUGUUCUUGGAUUACAGAGCUGUAAGUGUGUCGCGUUGUUUAUUUUCAUUGGCAUAA